AUGUCGGCUCUGCAGAGCUUUAUGCUGGUCGUGGACCACGAUAAAGAAGAAGCAAAGCGCAUUGCCGAGGGAAUCGCGCAAGAUGUUGAGACUAAAAAGGCGACUCUGAUUGAUACCGUCCAAUCUCUCGGCGAAUACAUUAACGACGAAGACCCGAUUUUACGUGGAAAAGCGAUUUCCUACCUUACGGCUAUUAUCCAAGCCCUCUCACCGAAAUACCUCUCGAGACAACAGAUCCAAGUCUUGACUACAUUCUUCUGUGAUAGAAUUGAGGAUGGAGGUGCCGUUGAUGGGUUGCAGGCCCUGCAGGGUCUGGACCGGUUUAACAAGUUUUUGGCUACCCAAGUAGCACAAGCACUUUUUUCCAACUUCCAAGACCUCCAGUCUCGGUCUCAAACACAACGGUUCCAUGUCUAUCAAUUGCUCAAUGAUUUGAUGUCAAACCACCGCGGAGCUAUGCGUGAUAUGGGAGAGAUCUCGCUUCUGGGCGUUGUUGAUAUUAUGACGGGAGAGAAAGACCCGAGAAAUUUGAUGAUUGUUUUCUCGAUCCUGAAAGUGGUCAUGGUGGAAUGGGACAUCUCGAACCACGUUGAGACCCUCUUCGACUCGGUAUAUAACUACUUCCCAAUCACAUUCCGACCCCCGCCCAACGACCCCUAUGGAAUCACUGCACAGGAUCUGAAGGGCCGUCUUCAAGAAUGUAUCUCUUCGACAAGGCAUUUUGCACCCCACGCUAUCCCCGCCUUAUUGGACAAGCUUGAUUCUACUUCUCCCAAUGUAAAGAAAGAUGCACUUAGUACAUUGAUCGCAUGUAUCCAUUCAUACGACCCCGACACAGUGUCUAAGUUUUCCAUUACCAUAUGGGAAGUCCUCAAGUUUGAGAUUCUUAAUGCCCAAGAGGAGUUUUUAUCUGAGAACUCCCUCGAGGCCCUGCAAGCAAUCGCCCAACGGCUAUCUGAAGGAGUUACCGAAGUGUCACCAGAAUUGCCUCUCGCAAAGUACCUUCAGCCAAUCACCAAGGAGUGCAAUGAGCAACUUCAGGAGCCUCAAAACAAGCAGGCUAAGCCGGCCCAAUCGAUCCUCAGCUGUGUGUCUGCUGCUUCGCCCAUUUCCUUUGUCCUUGUUGUACAAACAGUUGUACCUCCGAUUUUCACACUUUACCAAGAAGCAGACGGAAUCGUCAAACAAAGGGCACUUCUGGAAACUUUGAAUGUCUUGUUCGAAGCUGCUACAACCGUAUUUGGACAAUGGACCACCCGAGGUGGUGAGGCCGCUAUCGAAAACCCACUACUUGAAUUCAAAGACCAAUUUUCGGACCUCUUUGGCCAGGCAUUGAUGGGUGCAGCUAAGGAAGAGGUUUCCUUCCGGGUGACUGCCUUGAAGGGCUUCUUGCGUCUGUCUACCUUGCGUCAUUUCUUCCAGGAGAAUGAGAUUGGGCUUUUCGUGCAAUAUCUUGACGAAAUCCUUCUCAAGGAGGAAUCUGUGGGCCGGAAUGAUCUCAAGAAAGAAGCAAUUGCUGCUCUUGCUGAGAUUUCCAAGCACAAGCCCCGCCUGAUUGUGGAUAUCACUUUCCCUGCGUUUGUGGCAACUCUGCCAGAGGAAGACGAAGGUUCGGAUGCCCUGUAUCUGCCGACGCUCGAGACCCUUGCUCAGAUCAGCGUCGAGAGGGACAUUUUCGAGACACUUUUCCGUCGUCUGUUUAGCAAACUGUCUAUUCUUCUGCAAAAGGAGCGACCCGGGUCAGUUGCUUACCCACGCGCGAUUCUCGUCACUUUGCUUUAUGUUAUGCAACAGAGAAACAUGGAACAAGACCAGAGUGUGGAUUUGUACUUUGACAAGGUUGUGGUUGGGCUUUGCCGCGAUGUCGCAGCGUCGGCUUCUGGCAAGGCAAAGAACCGGAUUCUCAACGAUCCUACCGUGCUUGACACUUUGGGUCGACUUUGCAAUCUCCUUGUACGGUCUGUUUCUAUUCAGAAGCAGGAACAAGUUGCCGAAAAUGUCUACAGCCUCUUCUCUGCAGCUGAAGAUUUCGUGCCUAUUCCGUUCACUCAGACUACAAGUGAGGACCAAGAACGUACGAUCAUUAUCUCGACAUACUUGCUUGCGGGAAUAUCCAAGGACUUCGGUAACAAAAUCCCGCACACCAACCCAGACAUGUCAGGUUUGCUGUUGGAUCUGGUCAAUCGUGCAGUCUCGAGCACGGAGCCAGCAACACACCAAGCAUACCUGCGUCACCUGGCCUUGCUCGUCAACAAGUUCCUGUCGAAGCAGGAUGUGACAAUCGCUGAGAAACUCUUCGAUUCUCUCCUCCAAGGCCAGGACUCAGAAUCACAGAGCCUCAACCCUGCAACCAUCCGCACUAUCUUCUGGCUAUCCAAAGCCUUGAUCCUUCGCAUAGCCCCCUCAACCACCCACAUCCUGACCUCCCUCCUCGCCCUCCUCUCCUCCCAAGACCAGCAAACCAGCGCGACAGCAGCACAAGGCUUCUCCAUAAUCCUCGGCGAAGACGACAUCCUCUCCGCAACUAAUGGCGCCACAAUCCGCCUGCUCUGCAGACAGCGCCUCUUCACAACAGUCAUCCCCCUGAUCUCAUCUCGCAUCCGCGAAGUGAACAUCGCCGGCACAGAUGACUCCGCCGCCGCCCUAAAAGCGCCAGCCCCCGACCACAUCAAACCAGCCCACCUAACCGCCCUCGCGGGUAUCCUCUCCACAAUCCCCACGGCCCUGGUCAUGCCAGAACUCCCCACUCUGCUCCCCCUCCUCCUGCAAUCCCUCGACCUCCAGACCGCCGACUCCGUCGCCGUCCGCACAGCAACGCUCGAUACCCUCGCCGUAAUUAUCCGUGAUAACGGCGUCGUCGUCAUCGACCAGUGCGGCCAUGUCCAGAGUCUUGUCACGAGACUCCUUAAAACAACAGCUACAAACAUCGGCCCUGGCGCUGUUAACAGCCCCCGUCUCCGCGCGGAUGCUUUGAGAUGUCUCAAUCUCCUCGCUACGCACCAGGUGCCCGGCGCUGCGGCUAACGCGCGUGCGCCGCCGGGUAUCUCGCCUCUCUUGCCUGUCAAGACUCAGGUUCUGAGGUCCUUGCGGGCGGUUCUUGAUGAUCCUAAGCGUGAUGUGCGGAAGGCGGCGGUUGAUGCUAGAGCCGCUUGGCUGCGUAAUGUGGAUGAUGCGCCGGAAGAGGAGGAAUGA